CGCUCAGAUGAGAUGAAAACAAGAACAAAGGUCACAUCUGUGAGCAGCUGGAUGUUAGCUCUCAGGUCAGGCUCAAAUAAUAAAGCAAUGGCUGGAAUGUGCGAAUGAAAGCGGUGGUCUUAUCAUGUGAUUCAAGCUGCUAAAGGUUCCUGUUCAUGUAAAGGUAAGAUUUAAAUCACCUUGAAGCCCCACCAGCAGACGCCGUCUUGUCAUCUCGGCGUACACGCAUGUGAAACAAAAGUGCUCAUGUUGGGACAAGCUUAUCAUCUUCAGACAGACGUUUCCUGGCUUGGCUCACGGCUGCUUUCUGUUUGUUGCGUAAUUCACUUGAUGUCCCACAGUGGCAUCAGACUACUGGCACAAAAUGUUCCCAAAGUUCCCCAAUGUGGCACAUGUGUCAGUCGUGGAAAUGAAGAUGUGAAUGUGUGUGUGUGUGUGUGCGUGUGUGUGUGUUUGCCACUCGGGUACACCCACAGGAGUGACAGCAGCAGAGAGGAGAGACUUUUGCCUGCGACGCCUCAGUCGAUUGUUGGGGCAGAAAGAGGAACGAUGGGGAGACGACUUCUCUUCUUCCUCGGGUUUGUUCUCUGCCUGGGUGCUUCUCUUCAGACAGAAGAGCGAAGGGGAACAGAAAGGCGCAGGAACGGCUCCAAGGGUUCUGGUCCUGUGCCCAGAACAUUUAAAGGAGACCCAGUCACCGAGGCCGAUUUAUUUCAGGGCCCGAACGGGACAGAAGCUCCCAUUUCACCUCACUCCCCUCCAUUACUGCGGUUGCGCAGCAACAGCACAGCGAGGUUCCUCCGCGGCCCCCUGAGCACUCGGGUCAUCCCCAUCAUUUACAUGCUGGCUGUGACUGUCGGGAUCCCAGCCAACGUGGCCAUCUUGUGCACACUGGCCACUAAGGUUAGGAAGGUGUCCUCCGCCAUCCUCUACUGCAGCCUGGCCGUCUCCGACCUCCUCCUCCUCCUCUCCCUCUUCUUCAAGGCUCACUACCAUCUCCAUGGAAACCACUGGCUGCUCGGAGAGGCUGCAUGCCGAGUGGUCACGGCCUGUUUCUAUGGCAACCUGUACUGCUCUGCCCAGACGCUGGCCUGCAUCAGCACCAAGCGCUACCUGGCCGUAGUGCACCCGUUCACGUACAAAAGCAUGCCCAAGAGGACGUGCACUGCCUGGGCGAGCGUGGCUGUGUGGGUGGUGUUUGGUGCCGCCGUCGUCCCCGAGCUCCUCGUCCAGCAGAGCUAUCGGUCCCCCGAGUUGAACAUCACCACCUGCCACGACGUUCUGCCCCUGGACGAGGGCUCCCACGCCUUCCUGCUCUCCUACAACCUGUGUCUAACCGUCGUCGGCCUCCUGGUGCCGCUCCUGGUCACGGUUGUGUGCUACGGCCGAAUCGUCCGCGAGCUCAGCCAAUCGCACCACGACUGGGCGAUGUACAUCAAGGCCAGCUCGCUGGUGCUGGUCAUCUUCCUGCUGUGCUUCACUCCCGCCGGGCUCCUGCACCUCGUCCAUCACGUGCAGCUGUUUGAGGACAAAGGAGAGACCCUGUACGUGUAUUAUAAGGUGGCGGUGUGUUUGUGCUGCGUCCACGCCUGUCUGGACCCCUUUCUCUUCCUCUUCAUGUCCAGGACCGCAGGCUCCAGGCUUUACUUCAGGCCCUUUAAAGGCAAGAGCCUGAGCAUAUCUUUUUAAAGGAGACUGGAAUGUUACCAGAAAACUGGUUCUGGUGUUUCAGAGUGAGGGAACUUAUGCUCUCUGUGGCUGGAAUCCAAAGAAAAGCAAAAGGACCUCGAGAGUGUUUCUGACGAGAUGAGGCGGACUGACUUCCGGUUGCGCUGAGUCGGUGAAGUGUGUGUCCUCUGCCGGAGGUUUUUAUGCAGAACGACAGAUGUCUUUGGUGAGCGUGAUGAAGGGCAGAUUGUAAAUAUGUUAAUAUAUGCAUUCACGUUUGUGUAAGUCUACUAAUUUUUAUGUAACACACAUGAUAAUUAACGAUUUCCUUUCAUGAUCAGUGUUGUUUUUGAUGUUUUCACUCGUAAGAUAUAAUGCAUUAAUAAGGCUUUAUGACAGUGUUUCAGUGUUUAUAAUAUAAGUGUUUACAAUCGAAAACUUAUAACAUGGUUUAUAAAGUAUUGUAAAUGAUACAGUCAUAAUGCGUCACACUUUGUCAUGGAGCUAUGAAGCUUUAUGAAUGCUAAACUUACAAUUCCACCACUUAUGAUGCUUUAUAAACCUUGUUAUAAGUUUUCAUGUGUGACAUUUAUAACUUUGUAUAAAAUCUUUUGUAUCUUUCAUGUCUUUUAAAUGUGCUUACAAUGCAUUAUAAAAGCUGUCCAUUUUAUACUUGACAUUAACACCCAAUCACGACUAAAAUAAAACAGACUGACUGUAGUUAAUACGUCC